UCCACCUGAUUUAUUCCCAGCACGACAUGGUGAAGCAGCUGGCCAAGCUGGCAGGCUGGCAGGACACCCUUACCAAGCUCUACGUCAAAGAGUCCUAUGAGUCUCGCCAACACAGCCUGUCGAACUCAGGCAGUGGCACCAAUGGUGUGGAUUUCUUGAAGCUCUCAGAGCAGUCAAGCGUGGAAAAAGGGAAAGAGCUGGUGGGGUCCACAAGUCCCUUGGCCACUGACCUGCAGGACCUGGAUGUGUUCCUCCCCCUGGGCUACGAAGCCUCUGACCAUGAACUCUCAGAAGGUUUCUCGGACCUGUCCAUGUCUCCCACCAACCAGAGGAGCAGAGUCUUCCAGUCUUAUGUCUUCAAAUCCUUUGACUCCUUAGAUCUUGCCAGCCAUUCUUCCUCCUCCAAUACCAUGGACCUUCCUGGUCAGGGAGAGGCCCACGCAGGAGGCACACUCCCAGCUGACCGCGUCUACCACCCACUCUCCCCUUUCUCCACGUCACCCUUUGAUCUUGGCUUGGAUUUGGGCAGCACGAGCUCUGCAGCCACCUUGGAAAGUGGCAACCAGACACCCCUCAGCCUUCCAGGAACUCCAUCACCUUUGGAGAAUUUCAAGCCAUUCCCGGGGACGAGGGCUCGGAAGAGUUCUAGUCUCUCCAACGUGCUGGAUGAGACAAGCUAUCAAGAAACUCUGCCUAGCGACAGCAUCUCCAACACAAGUAACCCUCAGCAAACUCCUGAGGAAGAGCUCUGCAAUUUGCUGACCAACAUCAUCUUCUCGGUCACCUGGCGGGGAGUGGAGGGCUGGGACGACGUGGCUUGGAAAGAGCGAGGACAGGUCUUCUCCGUCCUCACCAAGCUGGGCUCAGCCUGUGAGCUGGUCCGCCCACCUGAUGAGAUCAAACGCAGUCUUCUGGAGAUGAUGAUGGAAUCGGCCUUGACGGACCUGAAGGAGGCCACGCCAGCCUUGUUGCCGAGCCUCACCCAGAACGCAUUGAAACUGCUUCACCUCCUCCAAGAUUUCUUGUUCUCGGAGGGCCACAACAACCAGGUCCUAUGGAGUGAGAAGGUGGGUGGCUUGGGAGCAGCGGAUCGUGACCCUCAGUGGAGAGAUAGUGCUGAGGCUGAGAAAGAAGAAUGGGGUAUAAAUGUGGUUGGUGUGUAA